GGAACCAUCGGGAACAGCCACAGAGCUCCCCAGAACUCCAUUUUGGGUGGAUUUAUGUGAAAUUCCAGAGGCGUAGGCCUCUAGUUGCCAACUUUAUGGACGUUCAUGAAAUGUGGGUGAACAGAAUGGGUUUGAAGAGGGAAAUCCUUGAUACAUUAUCUUCUGUGGCUCUCUUUAAUGAUGGAUUACUAUACUAGGCUGUUGGACUACAACCUUUAGAUUUUGAAGAGGCAAAGAAAACAAAACAACAAAUAAGACUACAACAGGACAUCUUAUUGCAAACGCAAGUAGCCUGCAACAGAUAUCAGUGUGACUGAAAAGAUACCAAGAACAAAAUCAUGGCUUUGAUGCCUGUUAAAUUUGACUUGGCCAAGCGGGUUAAGCUGGCCCAGGGACUGUGGCUCCUGUAUUGGCUCUGCAUGAUGGCUGCAAUCCUCAUCUUCAGCAUGGGCAUUUUCUUCAAGAUUGAGCUACGCAAGAGGAGCGAGAUAAUGGAUAACAACGAGAGCCAUUUUGUGCCCAACGUGCUCAUCCUGCUGGGACUGGCGGCCUGUGGCAUCAACGCUUUUGGGGGCAAAGUGUGCCAAGACUCCCUCGACUCAGCGAAAUUUAGCAAGUGGAAGCCCAUGCUGAAGACUUACAUGAGUGGAUGUGUUGUUUUCUGCAUCGCUCUCUUUGUCGCGGCCCUGCUGUGUUUCUUGAUGCAGAUCUCUCUGCACUUCACUCUGGCUGAAGGCCUGAGGAACGGAAUGAAGUACUACAAAGACACGGACACACCGGGACGAUGCUUCAUGAAGAGAACCCUGGAUAUUACCCAGAUCGAGUUCCGCUGCUGUGGCAACAACAACUACAAGGAUUGGUUUGAGAUCCAGUGGAUUAGCAACCGCUACCUAGACUUCAGCAAUGAGGAUGUUAAAGUCCGUGUCCAGAGCAACGUGGAAGGCAAAUAUCUGAUGGAAAGCGUUCCCUUCAGCUGUUGCAAUCCUGGCUCUCCUCGCCCCUGCAUCCAGCAUCACCUGACCAACAACUCGGCUCACUACAGCUAUGACCAUCACACUGAAGAUCUGAACAUCUGGGCCAGAGGCUGCCGUGAGGCUCUCGUCUCUUACUAUGGAGGCACGAUGAACAGUAUCGGUGCUUUCGUGCUGCUGUUUAUUAUCUUAGAGGCUAUCGUGACUGUAGGACUGCAGUACCUGACCACCGCUCUGGAAACCAUGGCAGAUCCAGAGAAUCCAGAGAGUGAAAGUGAGGGCUGGCUUUUGGAGAAGAGUGUGAAGGAGACCAUCUCUGGUGUCAUGGCAAAGAUAAAGACGCUGGGUAAAGGAAACCAGGUACAGGAGGGAGAUGAACAAGCUCCUGCAGAAAGCUGAGAAUGCCCCGCCCAUUGGGACUGAGGCCACUCCCCCUACAUACGAACAUACUGUACAUUGGGAGGGAAGAAAAGUAAGAAAAAUUGAUAUAUAGUACAUGUUCUCAUCUGAAAUCACAUGUAAAUACAAAGUUUAUUUUUUAAAAUGUUAUAAUUUAUAGAAAAAAAUAUAACUUGUGGUUUAAUGAAUUUUUAACCAUCUUCAAUACUCACAGCCUAGUGUUAAUGUAGCCAUUGAGAAAAUAUAAAGUUUGUCCCUCAUAUUUUCAGUCGAGCUGAUGUUUAACCCGACAGCAUCACACAUACAUUCAUACUGCGUCUUUUCACCUGAAAUACUAUAAAAAUCCAAAAUCACUUCUCUGGAACUGCUUACACAGAAGCUUUCCACAGGCAGCUGAGGAUAAAUGUGUUUUCAUGUGUCCGGUCAUCUCUCAGACAUUAGGCUACCUUGUAUUUAUUUACUCAACGCUGCCUUUAACAGGCCUUACGUUGUGAGAUGGUUGUCAAAAGAUUCCUGUAACAACAGAGACACAACUGAUGUAAGAGCAGCACAUGAUACUUAACAGUUCUCGGGUUAAACAUUUGCCUCUCAAACUGCCUGAUGACUGUAAAGAGUAACAACUUGUAAAAGCUUCUUUUCAUUCAUCAUUAGUUUGUUGUUCAACCAUUAGUUUGUUUUUUACGUUAAGUCAGGAACCCCAAGCAGUUGUAUUGUUUCUGAUCUUUUGUGUGAUUUUUUUCUUCUUCAUUUUGACAGGUACUUGUGUGUGUACAUUUCACCAUUUUUCUUUGCAGUAAUGUCAGUCUUUGUGGAUUGAGUUGAUCAUGUAGGCAACUCCAUUUUCUGAGAUAAAGAUGUUAGAGAUUCAGUGUUAUUAUUUUUUUAUUCUUUAAAAGAGGUGAAUGUCAGUAAGUGGCUGUAGAGUUGGUCUCAGGUGAGAGAUGUUUGAACAGCAGCAGCCCAGCGGGACACGGCUUUACGCGAUUGGAUGAGGAGGAUUACCUUAAAUAACUAAUAUAACCUAUAGCUCAACAGAACCACAGAAUGACCUAAACGUGAUCAUAAAAAGCUAUGGUUUGAUAUUUAUAGUAUGGUCUUACUAAAAACACCACUGUUUCUAACCUCAUGACAGAGUUCCUGCUUAAACGGAGUACAUUUCAAAAAGGUGAUUUCAGUGUGAGCAGGUAUAUCCAAGCGUGGGCCGUGUUAAACAGGACAUCUGUCAUCUGCAAUUUUCUGAAGUCCAUAAGAGCGGUCAAUAAGCUUUGGGAAGCAGCUUACCUUCUCAGGUGAAACUCUGGGACAGGUGCAUCUCACACAGGUACAGCUGCAGGAGUCAACCCAUCUCAUACUGUACAGAAAACCUUGUGUUUGUCUUUAGACAUUAUCAAUGUUUACCAAAAUAAACACAUACCCCAAUUUAUAACAGAGGAAAACAUCAAGCAUCACACAAAUUAUAACAUUUUCAAAUUUGAAUCUUUUUCAUUUUGCAAGGAUACAUAUACUGUAUAAUGCAAACUGUUUCCUAUUAAACCAGUAUGUUGGGA